AUGGCGCCGACGAACAAGCAAUGGGUGAGCAAGCUGGAUGGAGUGGAUAAGCUGGAGUUGGUCGAGGGCGAGAUGCCGGUGCCAAAGGAUGGAGAAGUGUUGGUCAAGAUUCAUGCCGUGUGCCUGAAUUACCGAGAUCUGGAGGUCUGUAACGGCGAUUAUAACCACCACCAGACGCCUACUGAUUCUCCCGUUGGCAUCGUUCCCUGCUCUGACAUGUGCGGCACCGUCGUGGAGAGCAAAUCGCCGCUUCUCAAAGUUGGCACACGCGUCAUGUCCGUCUUUUUGCAGACUCACCUCCGUGGCGCCCUCAAGCAAUCUGACAUGGAAUCUGGACUGGGUUGGCCUUUGCCAGGUGUGCUCACGGAGUACCGGUGUUUCGAUGCCAAGGCGCUGGUCAAGGCUCCCAAUGUGACGGCGUGGAUGGCCUUGAAUUGGAUGAGGCCCAUCGAGACGGUAUUGCUUCAAGGUACAGGCGGCGUGAGCAUCGCCGGACUGCAAAUCGCAAAGGCAGCCGGCCUCAAAACCAUCAUCACCUCUUCUUCAGACGAAAAACUCGAAGCAGCGAAACAGCUCGGCGCAGACCACACGAUUAAUUACCGCACGUAUUGGGAGUGGCAAGACGGCGUCAUGGAGGCCACCGGCGGCAAGGGCGCGGACUACAUUCUCGAAGUGGGCGGGACAAAGACUCUACGAAAGAGUUUUGCUAGUGUUGCUUUCGGAGGAACGAUUAGCUGUAUCGGCUAUGUCUCUGCGAAGGGGUGGAAUCGGUUGAAUGUGAAUGUUUUGGCGUUGAGGAAGAAUGUUACGUUGAAGGGGUUGGUGAAUGGGGGGAGGGAUCGGUUUGAGGAGAUGGUGGGGUUUUAUGAGGAGAAGGAGAUUCGGCCAGUUGUGUGUAAGGUGUUUGGGAUGGGGGAGGCGAAGGAGGCGAUGGAGUAUGUUAAGGGGGAGAAGCACUUUGGUAAGGUUGUGAUUCGGGUGGCGGAGGAGAGUAAAGAGUAG